AAGGAACUGAAGGCACAGAGUUACCGCACCUCCACUUCCCAUUUGCAUUCCUCUUGUGUAAAAAAAGAAGUGGAAGUGAACUGAGCUCCUCUGGUCGGAGAGGAGCAGCAGAGCAGAGAUGGCCGGAGCCGGGGAAGACGAAGCAGCUCCUCCUUCCCCUUCUCCAGAUCGACAGCAGCCCAUGGAAGAGGCGGCGGCGGCCAAGCGGAGCAGGUCGAAGAACCACCACGGCCUCGCCGACGGUCCGUCCUUCCGGAUGGAGGACCUUCCGGCGGAGGUUCAGCCGGUUAUAAUCUCACUGCUGCCACUGAAAGAGGCCGUGAGGACAAGCAUGGUUUCAAGAAGUUGGACAACGCUCUGGAGAUUCCACGGCGACCUAUGUUUCAAUGAACCCGUUGAUGUGGAUUCUAACACCGAUGACAAUCCCGCUGAUCAGGUUAAUGGCACUGGCACCAAUGACCAAUCCACUAAUCAGUGUGGUACCAAAAUAACACGAGCAAAGUUCAUUGAGACUGUAAAUUCGGUUAUUCAACAGCAUAGUGGGAUAGGAAUCAAUAAGUUCAGUAUCAGCUGUGACCUGCACAAAGAGGACUCUCAUCAUCUUGACAGGUGGAUUCGGUUUGCCGCUUCAUCAAAGGCAAAAAUAAUAGAUUUUGAUCUUAAGCUAUUUGAUUACCCAGUUGAAGAAGCUCCCCACUUUCCUCUUGAGGCCUUAGAUGCUCAAGGUAGCUCAUUUGUGCAGUCCUUGUCUCUCGCCGGUGCUUCUAUAAAGCCAAGCUCAGGAAUAUGCCGCUUUACAGUACUCAGAAGGCUUGUUUUAAACUCUGUUCAGAUAUUUGGAGAUUUUCCAGGCUUGCUUGCAAAAUGUUCAAGACUUGAGGACUUAGAGAUCAUCAGGUGUUCUGGUGUGGAUGACUUAAUCGUACCACACAAACUCGAUAAACUUCAAAAAUUGCUGAUUGCUAGAACAGACGUCCAGAUGGUUGUGAUUCAUGCAGCUGAUCUUGCUCAUUUUGAGUACGAAGGACGACUAAUCCCUAUAGUGCUUCAUGGUUGCUCAAAAUUAGAGAAGGCGACAAUUGCGUUUGAUACCACUAAUCCUUCUGCACUGGCCCAUGCAUUCAAUGUAAUUCCAAGCAUUUCCCCAGUGAAGAUAUUAAUUGUGCGAGCUAUUAUAUCAACAUAUGCACAGUCCCUGGAGCUGCCAUUAAGACCACAGGGCAUGUUUAUGCAUCUGAGGCAUAUGACUUGUCAAAUUGUUGUCUAUUGUCGAGAGUUAAAUGAAGAUAAUGGACUUCUUCAACUGGCCCAUUGGUUGGACACUGCACCCCAACUGGAGACAUUGGACUUGCAUCUUCCAAUGCAGAUGCUCUAUCUGAGUUCCGGUGCUUUCUUCAGUGCCGAGGUGGCGGGGGCGGAAGGUCCCUGUAUGUGUCGCCAUGAUCAUCUUAAGACGGUCUUCAUGGGUGGGUUUCAGUGUUACAAGUCUCAGAUUGAGCUGGCGUGCUCUAUCUUGGGAAAUGCUUCUGUUCUUGAGCAGCUGACAAUAGAACCAAGGCUCACAGAAGCACCUUGGGGUGAGGAUGAUUACGGGCAGAAUAGAGACAUUGAAAGCAGAAUUUUACCGGGGGUCUGUGAAUGGGCACAGCGAACCUCGAAGCGCUUUGGUAAGGUGAUCACUGUCUUAGAUGCCCCCCUUAACAGUGAGUAAACCAAUCCUUUUCGCAUCUACCCGCUGUCAAUUAAUCUUGUGUAGUCUGCAGUAUGCAGCAUUCAGUGUAGCUGGGAGAAUGCCCCUGUAGACUGUAGUGACUGUUUUGGUGUCUACAAAUGGAAUCCCUUUUAUGUGUCUACCUGCUUUGCCCCUCUUAAUAAAAAACAAGUAAUCUCUGGUU